GGGAAACAGAGGAGGAAACUUGAAAGCAGCUUGAAAGGUGAUGUGUUGUUAAAUUUCUCUUGGCAAGAUGUCGGGCCACGAUCAGCUGGUCCUCUGUUUGUGUGAGUUAACGAGGCUGCUGUGGAAGUUGCUGCUUCCUCUGCUGGUUCUGUGCGUGCUUUCUGUCGCUGUCCUGGUCCUGCUGGUGCUGGCGGUGCGUCUGUGGCUUCAGAGCAGCAGGAACGCUCGGCGGGCGAGGGACGGCCGCCCCACUGUGGCCUUCUUCCACCCCUACUGCAACGCUGGCGGUGGGGGAGAGAGGGUGCUCUGGUGUGCUAUCAGGGCUCUACAGAACAGGUACAUGGACAUCAACUUUGUGGUGUACACCGGGGACCUGGGUGUGACGGGCCAGCAGAUUCUGGAUGGGGCGCGGCGUCGCUUCAACAUCGUGCUCCCCCGGCCGGUGCAGUUUGUGUUCCUGAGGCACCGGCUGCUGGUGGAGCCCGGCCUGUUUCCUCACUUCACCCUGCUGGGACAGAGCGUGGGCUCCAUCUUCCUGGGAUGGGAGGCGCUGACCGAGUUCGUCCCAGACCUUUACAUCGACUCCAUGGGCUACGCCUUCACUCUGCCCCUGUUCCGCUACUUGGGAGGCUGCAGCGUGGGGAGUUACGUCCACUACCCCACCAUCAGCACUGACAUGCUGUCUGUGGUGAGAGAGAGGAACCCCAGGUUCAACAACCCAGACUACGUCUCCAACAGUCUGUUCCUGAGUGCCUUCAAGGUGGUCUACUACUGCCUGUUCGCCCUGCUCUACGGCAUGGCCGGCUCCUGCAGCGACCUCAUCAUGGUCAACUCCUCCUGGACGCUCGAUCACAUCCUGUCACUGUGGCGCGCCCCGAACCGCACCAGCGUGGUCUACCCGCCCUGCGACGUCGGCGCGUUCCUGGACGUCCCGCUGGAGGAGGACGGGGACAGGAAGUGCCACUCGAUCGUUUCCAUCGGGCAGUUCAGGCCGGAGAAGGACCACCGGCUGCAGAUCAGAGCUUUCAAGAAGGUGUUAGACAGGAGGAGGGAGGGCGCGGGGGGCCGGGAGGCGCUGAAGCUGGUUCUGAUCGGCGGAUGCAGGAACCAGCAGGACGAAGAUAGGGUGCUCAUGUUGAGGGGGCUGUGCCAGGAGCUGGGUGUGGCCGACAGGGUGGAGUUCAAACUGAAUAUACCCUUCGAGGAGCUGAAGAGAGAGAUGGGGGAAGCCACCAUCGGACUGCAUACCAUGUGGAACGAACACUUCGGAAUAGGCAUUGUGGAGUGUAUGGCAGCAGGAAAGGUCAUUCUGGCGCAUAAAUCCGGCGGCCCCAAGCUGGACAUCGUGGUCCCUUUCGAGGGAGGCCAGACAGGCUACCUGGCUGACGACGAGGACAGUUACGCCGAGGCCAUAGACAGGAUCCUGGCGCUGCCGGCCGCCAGCCGGCUGCAGAUCAGACGCAACGCCCGUCAGUCGGUGGCUCGCUUCUCAGAUCAGGAGUUUGAAGCCUGCUUCAUCGCCGCCAUGGAGCCUCUGAUGGGAACGCUUGAACGAUGAGAAAAGAGACUCAUUGUUUGUGUGUGUGUGUGUGUGUAGGUUACGUGGCUAUUUUACACUUUGAGCACCUUUACUUUGUUGCACUUAGGGCUGCGUUUACACUUUAGAUCUGGUCACUAAGUGGGAUCAUUUCUGAUGCAGUAACAUCACUCACAUGCUCACACAGAGCUGCUGAGAUUGUGAAUUUAGUUGGUAGCUCACCACUCAAGGUGGAGUGGAGAGGCAGUGCAUAUUAGAAACUAACUGCAUUACUUUUACUGAAUUUAAAUUUAAGUUUCUAUCUACAAACAGUUUAGAUACACGGCCAAAUUUCAGAUUCAUGUUUUUAAGGGGAAAUCAGGUAUUUUACGUUGUAGUAGUGGAUUCAGCUGCAGGAACGUGUGUAGUUCUCUUUAACUUGUAUUUGUAAAAUACUAGAUUACCCUGUGAGAUGACAUUUGAAGCUCUUUUUUUUUUUUUUUUUACAGGACACAUUCCUUUGUCAGUAGUGUCAGUUUAAUUAA